CAACCGUUUCCCUCUGUUUCCUGCGUCCAAAGUCACGGCUGACAAUCAGCUCAUGCCCACUCCAGAAUCUCCGACAGCGUCGGCCCCAGCAAGGAGCAGACAGUCACGCAGAACACGAAUCACGAACAUGGCCACUUCGAGCGCCGGCACAUCCGAUGUGUCUAGUACGUUUUCAGUGUGCACAAACCUCCGGAUGAAGGAGCUAUCGGAUAAUAGCUGUUGGGUAUGCGGGGCACCUUAUCCCCGGAUCGCGCAAAUGAUCGCCAAAGACGACCGUCAGGCAGCACUGUGGCUGGAACGCGGCCUGAUAAAUUUCUCCUUAACAUCUGUAGCAAAUGCCAUUGCGCUCUGUGGCACCUGCCACAUCAUGUUCGGCUGUGCUUUGGACCCAGGGGUAUCCCUGAACCCGACCGAUAUCCGCUUUUUCUUGGACUCUGAGAAAAAGGACCGUGAAAGAAGACGCCAUGCAUCCAGAGAUGGGAAAGUUGCCAUCCGUGAGGUUCCGACAGCGGACAUGUACAAGGCCCACCAGAUACUCUACGUGGAUCUGACCCCAUCAGCGAUUGGUGGACUCUAUGAGCCCGUCUUUCUUCAACGGUACCUAGCUCCACAUGUAUCUGUGGACAUCACUGAAGAACUUCGAGUACCCCAUGAGUGGCAUGGCGCCCCUUUGGCAGCACUUCGGCGGUGCUUUCCUCUCUUAGGAAGUGGCAGGAUUGGUGCCUUGAGCAAAAAGCAACGUCUCGAACUCCAGGAGUUGAGAGAUUUGUAUUUCCUGGAUGAGGAA